AAAAAAAAAAAAAAACGGGAAGACAAAAGGAAAAUGUUUACUUACCUUGAAUUAAACGAUAAAACUUCAUAGAUAUUGAGUUUAAAUUUCCAUCGAUCGGAAAGCGGAACAAAGAAACAGUAUUAAAUAAAAUAUACAUAUACAGGCCGAUUCCGAACAGAAACUCCCUGGGAGUUUUUUCUCUUCUUCCUUUCCUCCUCUCAUGAAUAAAUAUUCCCUGCGAAUUUUUUAUAUUAAUCGAAGUUCGAAUUUCGUCUCAAGUUUUCGGGGAAAAUGCUACUCCCUAGAAUUAAUUAUUGGAGGAUUUCUUUCCCAGGAGAAACAAAUUCCCGGAGAACGAACGCCCCUGGAAUAUUAAGAACUGGGCUGAUAAAAAUUUUAUAAAAUAGGAGUGAAUACGAAAUAAAAUUAAUGUAUAAAAAAAUUGUGUACUUCUACAGCGUCACCCUGCGAGAACCUUCCUUGUACAUGGCAUAAAGCUGCUUUCUGGCAUGUAGGACAACAACAACAAACUUUUAUAAGCAGAUGACAGCAAUGACAGUAGUUGAGAAAUAUCAGCGAAAAAAAUAAAAAAAACAGAAGUGCAAAAAUUGAUUAGAAAAAAUUAAAAAAGCAAAAUUGAAGUGCUUAUUAAAAAUAAAUUUUAAGGAUUUGCCUCGGUAACGAAAACUGCAGCGCAAGUACUUAUGUAGAGCUGAGCAAUUAGACAUAAGCUAAAAGACUACGGGGCCCUCCGUUCAAGGAGGUGACGAAGUCCAGCAAUUGUGGCAUUUCCAGGUGUGACUUAACACUAUCGCUCGCACAUAAACCCAAGCAGAAAAAACCACGUUUGUAUAUGUACAUAUGUGCAGUUUAGUUAAAUAAAUAAUACGAAAAUCAAAUAAACAAACGCUGGUGGAGUUAAAAAGUUAUGACCGGCAGAAUGCGUAACACCACAAAAGUUGAGGCACUUAUUGAGAGCUGUCGCAGCGAAGGCAAGUGGCAGCGUGUCAUCGAGCUGACCGAGGAACUCAAAACGGGCUCGCCCAACAAUGAAUACCUUGCAAAUUUCCUUAUUGGUGAGGCGAAACUGGAAAACUACCUCGAAGAAAAUGCACCCAUCGAAAGUAAUUUUGCCAAAGCCAAAGCCGGACUGCAAGAUGCGAGACGCUGUUUGCAACUAGUCACCGGUGAAAAUGGCCAGAAGGCGGGCAUUGCCCUUGACGCGUACUUGCUUCUGGCUAAGCUGUGCUACGCCUGCGGCGAGUACGAGAAAAGCUUGGAAAACUUUGUUAAAGCCGAGCUCAAUACCUUGGCUGAAAAAGAAUUGACACUCCGCAGCUUAAAAAUCUUAGCUGAAUCAUAUGCCAUAAAAGGGUUGUGUUUGGAAAACCAGACCAGUAAACCCACAUCGAAAUUUAAAAAGGCCGAAAAAGAAACGGAAAUGAUUUCUUGCUUUGAGCGCGCCACUGACUUGGGUCUAUUGUAUUUGCAAGAGCAAGAUAUUGCCACAUAUUCUUCAGCGACGAAUAACGCAGUCAAUGCGGGUUCUAUGUUGGCCAUAAACACCACUAGCAAUAUGGUUGGUCUACAAUCUUCGCUGGGUGGUAGUAGUCUCACGAUAAGCACCACCAUACCUGCCAAUCCACUCGAACUUAACCGUCGCAUGGGUGCCAUACUCGAGACAGCACUGCAACGCGCCCCAAUUGUGCUCAUUAAGGCGGGCAAAUUACAAGAAGCCAUCGAGCGUUAUCGCACCAUGCUGAAUGCGAUCGAAACGAAAACAACGCAAUCAUUGCGCUUAACACUGGCACGUCAAUUGGCAGAAGUACUGCUGCGCGGUGUCUCAGGAACCAUUUAUACAGCGCCAUUCACCAAGAAGCCAACAGGACAGGCACUCCGUUCGACCACAACAAAACGCUUGUGGAAACCACGCAAAUAUGCGGCACGAAAUCAAUUUACGCCACGUAACCAGCACGAGGAGACGAUUCUGUUGUUACUUAUUUCAGAAGCAUUAGCGGUGCGCGACACAGUGCUCUCACAGAGUCCAGAAUUUCGUGUAGCUCGUCAGCAUGCAAUGGGUAAUGCUUCAGCAGUAUAUGAUUUGCUUACACUUGCAUCAGUGCGUUGGGGUUUGGUAAAUAUGCUGCAGGAAUCUUUUGAAAAGGCGCUGAAAUUCUCUUUCGGCGAACAACAUGUCUGGCGGCAGUACGGUAUAAGUUUAAUGGCCGCAAACAAACAUGCACAUGCGCUGCGUGUUCUGCAGGAAUCCAUAAAAUUGACGCCAAGUGAUCCGCUGCCUUGCCUGCUGGCGGCGCGACUAUGCUACGAGUCGUUAUCGCAGAUCAAGGAGGGUCUGGACCUUGCGCAUCUAGCCCUCAAGCGCGAAACGAAAGGCAUACGUCCGUCACGCAGUCAGCUGUUCGUUGGUAUUGGCUACCAACAAUUGGCUAUACUGACAACGCUAAAAUCGGAGCGCGACUUGUACAAUAAAUUGGCAUUGGAGGCUCUUGAAAAGGCGGUACAAAACGAUGGCAACGAUCAUCUCUGCGAAUAUUAUCUUUCGCUGCAAUAUGCGCUGCUCGGCAAUAUCACCGAAGCAUUAACACAUGUACGUUUUGCGCUGGCGCUGCGCACUGAGCAUGCGCCCAGUUUGCAUUUAUUCGCACUGUUGCUGACCGCAUCCCGACGUCCACGCGAAGCUCUGGCCGUUGCGGAGGAUGCAUUGGACGAGUUUCCGGACAAUUUGAAUUUAUUGCAUGUUAAAGCCCACCUUCAACUGCAUUUACAAGACGCCGAAUUAUCACUGGUUUCGGUGCAAAAGAUGCUGGCCAUUUGGCGUGAGCUGUACGAGGGGCAAGUGAGUGCCGAGGAGGAAAAACAGUCGGAUACCAAAAGUAUUGUGGUGCAUGUCAAUCCGACGGCAGUCUCAUCGCAAAUGUCUGACAAGGAUUCAAGUAAGUUGAGAGAGGACCAAGGAGCGUGUGUUUCCCGCGUCGAACAGGCUUUGAGUGAGGCGGCUAGUUCGCUGAGUUCUUUUUCGCCGCGUCCCGGGCCCCAGCGACCAUGGAUGAUACAGAUAAAGAUUUGGCUUUUACUCGCUGAUGUCUACUUGAAUAUCGAACAACCACAUGAGGCUUUGAAUUGUAUACAAGAAGCCUCACAAAUAUAUCCGCUCUCACAUCAAAUUAUGUUUAUGCGCGGUCAAAUUUACUUAUAUCUAGAGCAAUGGAACGAUGCCAAACAAUGUUUCCUUAAUGCCGUUUCGGCCAAUCCAAAUCACACAGAGGCAUUGCGUGCACUUGGCGAGACACAUCAUGUACUUGGUGAGCCCAGGCUAGCGGAAAAAAUGUUAAAAGAUGCAGCACGUUUGGAUCCCAACUGUCCGAAAAUAUGGUUUAGCUUGGGCAAAGUCAUGGAGACGCUAGGCGAUUACACUGCCUCCGCCGAUUGUAUGGCUACAGCGCUGCAAUUAGAGCCAACAUGUCCAGUACUUCCAUUUACCUCAAUACCCCUGACCUUCGAUUGAGGGCGAAAAAUUCAAUAUUUGCGCGAAAUACUGCUGCUGCGUGGAGUUGGUUGCACGUUGAGUUUAACCGGGUUGAGUAUGUACAUGGUAAUACAUUUAAAAUCCUUGUGACUUGGGUGCAAUAAAAAUAAUAUGAAAGAUGGGCGUAGUAUAUAGCGGUAAAAUUUACUUUAACUUUUAACUAACUUUAUCGGUGUGUCUAUUGUAUUAUUAGCAAAUAUUAAAGUAGUUGAUUGUUAAUUAUACACCGUUUAAUUUUGAUUUAUUUACUUUCAUCGUUAUUUGGUAUGAACCCCAUGUAUAUUCCAAAAAUUAAAAAUGUGCAUUCGUAAGUAGCAAUGGUGCGAGAUGGUAGAAAGAAUUCGUUUAUUUGUUUUUUUUUUCGACGCUAUACAAGUACGCCUUUGGAAAUUGCAAUAUUUACUUACAUACUUGGAAACAGAUAAAUAAAUUUGUUAAAAAGAUGUGUAUGUACAUAUAUAUAUAAAUUAUCUUUCUAUAAAAUAAAUGUGUGUUUCAGGAAUUUAUAGUUAUACAUUUACCUACAUAUGCAUAUACAUACAUAUUUAGUGUAUGUAUUAUAUAUACCUCCUUCACAUUCAUAUUGUAUAUCAACAAAUACUGUAUUGCAAAUAAACACUAUUAUACUUGCAAAAAUAUGUUAAAUAAAAAAUUUGCAUUGAACGUAUUUUCAAAGUUUACAAACCCGUACUCCCUUGUUCUUAUAACUAACAGCAACUAAUAUCAAUACACAUUUGAGAUACAUAUGUACAUGGCAUAUCCCCCUAUUCGGAAAUGCAGCAAACCGAAGCUUCGGUGUCUUUUACUUCUAAACUAUAAUUGCCCAAUUGGCGCAGCUAAGUUCCAAUUCGGCAUCUAACCACGUUUGCGCAUAUUGCAAAUUUCCAUCAAUUAUAGUUUAGAAAGAGGCUGAUGCUUUGUUUGCUGCAUUUCUGAAUAGUCCCAUAUGUACAUGUUAUAUAAUAAUAAAAAUAUAUGUAAUAGUUAUGCUAAUAUUAAAAACUAAUAAUGUAUGAUAACAACAUAGAAACGUAUACUUUGAAACAAUUAUACAACUAUGAACAACAACAGUAUUAAAGCUCGUUGUAUUUACAAUUGCAACUUAAAUUUGGUAUAGGACUAUUCCACUCACAGAGUAUAGUUUCUUUCUUCUUUUGUUCUCGGGUGUUUUAGUUUUGUUUUAAAAUACAGCAUUAGUAAAUUCCAGUUUAACGUAAGUUUUUUGAAACCAACGAAAUAUUCCAAUGCGAGAUUUGGUAA